CUCGCGAUUUUCACGAAGCUCCGGAUGCAACUUGGCACGCGCAUCUUAGUGAAUAUCUCGGCACCGAUAUACUCACACGCUGUACAUGUACAUGUGCGGUCUACUUGACCCGACGACUUUGCAUGUUUACUUGUCACUUGUGACAUCGCGCCAAUCUUCGUACCAUCAUGAACUCCAUCUUGGUCGCGCUCAGCGGCUCUGGGUCCGCGGUCUGAGAUCAUUUAUCCCUGAGAUCGUCAAAACGUCAACAUGCCGACUCGCACCGACGAAGCGGAAGCGGCAGGCAAGAGCGUUUGGACAGCCGAGCUACGUGUACACAGCCACACCGGCUCGGUGCUCGUCUCGAAGCGUCUCUACGAUCUUUUGCGAGCGGCUGGGUUGGACGAGCCACGUAAGAGGGAUGCGAGCAAAGAGGAUGCGCAGCCGGGCGAUCACGCGGCUGUCAAUGGGCAUCAAGCAGAGCGCGAAUCGCAGCAAGCGCUCAAGGCCGUCGCUGCAUCUGUUUCCUUCCACGAAGGCUCCUCCGCCUUCGAUCUGCGCUCGCUAGUGGUGCUCGCUGAGCGCGCAAUCGAAGGAGAUGAGGAGAGUGCGGAAGAUCUCGCCAUCUCCAUCCCGGAAUCCUUGGCUGUCCAGCAUCUCUCUUCGAUCAGCACAACGUCCCAUGUGCUCGUCCAGUCAACCUCCGCAAUCAUCCUCUCUCGCGUCCUCCUCUGCAUUUCAGAUGAUCAGACUUUCGAAACUGCAAGCCAAUCUUCCCAGCUGCUCCACGACGCUUUGCACGGGUCUAUUGCGAGGCAGGGAGAAACGCUGCAUGUUCAGGUCGAGGGUGGUGGCGCUCUUGCGCUGAAUGUGGUCAUGGCCGAGCCCGUGCUCCAAGGGGCCAUCUUCACCCGCUUCACGACGACGCAGGACGAGAGACGCUCAACGGAGCUGCUCCUCACGUACGAUCAAGACUCCCGGCAUACGUCCGGUGGCAGCGCGAAGAACGAGCAGGCGAGCCAGCGCCCUGUAGCGACUGAUCAGUCUCGGCUUUACCAACAGUCUCGUCCUCAAGAGGACCACCUCUUGAUUGAUGAGCGCUUCCUAGCAAAUUCAGUCUUGGACGAUUUCGACAGCGACGAUGAGUUUGGGGACGGCUCAGACGCAGCGCCCGCCGGUCGUGCAAACGGCAUCGAUCGCCGUCUGAGAGGUGCACCUGCUGAAGGCGAACCAGGCGCCUCUUCCAGCUUGUUUGCUAGCUCUUCUCGGUUACAGCCCCUCAUUCAGCACGAUCGAUCGACAACACUGCAAGCCAUAUCAUCCUGGCGAGAACGCUUGCCCGAGGACGAGCGAGGAGAAGAUGUGGAUGAGGAGCUAGCAGUUUUGUUGGACGAGCAGACGCUGGCUUCCGUUGGUGCAUUCGAUGGAGACUGGGCGGUCGCGGAGCUCGAAGGACAAGGUGUCACACGGAUUGCUCGCCUCUUUGCAUCCCCCCGACCCAUCCCACCGCCACCUGUCGCAGAUCCAGACGAAGCCAGUACGAGCACGGCGACGACGCUUGGCGCCCUGGCACUGCUUCCUCCAAUGUUCUUGCAGAAUCUGCACCGACCAGCCCAUUUUGAUCCUGCUCGACUUGCUUCGCGCGUUCUCUUGCUGCGGCCUUGUCCCUCUCCGCCCAGAUCCAGUCUGAGAGACUCGAAAACACACAACAUGCCACUAUCGUGUCCUCUGCCUCUCCCUUUUGCCGACGCUCUCACCAUCUCGCGCAUUGCUGGCCCGCUCAGUAUCAAUAGGGCAUAUCAGCCCAUCUUUCUCGAUGCCCUAAGAAGGUAUUUCGAGGGGAGAUCUCGAGUUGUGCGAUUAGGUGACAUCAUCGCUGUAGGGAUAGACGAGGGGCGUGUGCGAUGGGUCAACACCAAAACAAAAACGUCUGAUGAAGCAGAGGACAAGGGGCCGGAAGGCGAUCAGGAAGACGACAAAGCCCCCGACUUUGAUCUGCCGACGAUCACUGAGCCUGCCGAAGACACUGCGAUAGUGUACUUCAGGAUAGCCAGCCUCACUCCCGAGCUUUUCAGACCGCCAGGAGCCGAUGCGGCCUCGAUCAACGAAGCAGAAGCGUCCAUCCGCUUAGCGGCACAGAAUGGCGAAAUUGGAUGCGUCGUGGAACCAACGCUGAGCAAGAUGAUCCAGACCGGCGUGGACAAGUCUAGAGUUGCAGAUGCGUACGGCUGGCUCUCCAUCAACAGCCGCGUGCCGCCUCCUCCUUUGCACAAUGCGGCGCUGCAAAGCGCCAAGAGUGCGUAUCGCCAAUUGACGGAUCUUGUGCAAGCGACGUUGAGUCCGCGCACGACUAGCUACGACCUGCAUUUGAGCGCCAUCAUCAAGGGUGCUCGCGGCACUGGCAAACGAACACUGGCACACUGGGUAGCUCGAGGUACGGGAGUGCCGCUUUUGGAACUCAGCUGCUACGAGCUGGUUGCGGACACGGACGCCAGGACGGAAGGAAUGCUGAGGGCUCGUUUCGAGCAGGCGGCUUCUUGCGGACCAGCUAUUCUGUUGCUGCGGAAUGUGGAAGCUUUAGCACGCAAAAGCCAAGCUAUGGAAUCGGGACAGGAGCCCGCAAUGGUGGGCGCUCUCCGAGACUGUAUGGAGCAGCUCAAGCGGUCGACCAGCUCGACACGAGGCACGCCUACUUGGCCGGUCUCUGUUUUUGCGACGACCAGCGAGCCUGAAAAGUGCCCCACAGGCGUCUUGGCCUGCUUCAAGCACGAGGUGGAGAUUUCGGCACCGUCCGAGGACGAGCGUCUGUCAAUCUUGCAGUCGACGUUGCAAAAAUCCGUGCUUGGACCAGACGCCAGUCUACAAUCCAUUGCCACCCAGACCGCGGCGCUUGUCGCUGCGGAUCUGGUCGACCUGGCUGAACGAGCUCGUGAGGCUGCAGUCCAACGCGCCAUUGGUACCCCCACGUGGCACGCAGCGAAGGCGGCAGAUCGUGACAUUGUUCUGGCUGGCCUUGCGCUCAAUGGUGCGGAUUUUGAAGCUGCUCUUAGUAAAGCGCGCGCUAAUUACAGCGAGAGCAUCGGCGCUCCAAAGAUUCCAAACGUUACUUGGGACGACGUCGGUGGUCUCGCAAGCGUAAAGGACGAUAUCCUCGAUACGAUACAGCUGCCGCUCGAUCAUCCCGAGCUGUUCAGUGACGGGCUCAAGAAGCGCAGUGGCAUCCUCUUGUAUGGUCCGCCCGGAACGGGCAAGACCUUGCUUGCCAAAGCUGUAGCGACGUCGUGCUCGCUCAAUUUUUUCAGCGUCAAAGGUCCAGAGCUACUGAAUAUGUACAUUGGAGAGUCGGAAGCCAACGUGCGACGCGUCUUUCAGCGUGCGAGGGACGCCAAGCCUUGUGUCAUCUUUUUUGACGAGUUGGACAGCGUUGCGCCCAAGAGAGGGAAUCAGGGAGACUCGGGUGGCGUAAUGGACAGAAUCGUUUCGCAAUUGCUUGCGGAGCUCGACGGCAUGUCUGGAAGUUCGGAGGGCAGCGAUGUGUUCGUCAUUGGCGCGACGAAUCGCCCCGACUUGUUGGACCCUGCUUUGCUGCGCCCUGGACGCUUUGAUCGGCUGCUGUACCUCUCGGUGUCAGAGACGCACGCUGCUCAGCUCAACAUCCUUCAAGCCCUCACCCGGAAGUUCAAAUUGGACGCAGAGCUUUCACUAGGGGACAUUGCCGAGCAGUGCCCCUUCAACUUGACAGGAGCAGACUUCUACGCGCUGUGCAGCGAUGCGAUGCUCAAAGCCAUGACGCGUAAAGCGAGCGAAGUCGAUGGCAAGAUAGCGGAGCUCAACGCGCAACCUCCGCCCUACGACUUCCCGCAUCCUAUGACGCCACAAUACUACCUGGCCGAAAGGGCUUCAGCUUCGGAUGUAGAGGUCCGCGUCUCGCGCGUCGACUUCGAGGCGGCACUCAGAGAGCUGAGCCCUUCCGUUAGCGAAGCGGAAAUGGCACACUACCGCGAGGUCCAAGCAAAAUUCAGCAAGCCGCCCGAGGAAAGGGAUGCGGAGGAAAAGCAACACGCCGGACUGCCAGCGCCCAAUGGCAAGGCUUCUGGUCGCACUGACGAUGAUCUGGUGCGUGCUCUGCGGCAAUUAGGUGUCGAUGCGAGCAAUGAGCACGGUGAGCUAGCCCCGCCCAUGCAAAAUGGAAGCAAUGGGCACCAGGCGCAUCCCAACGAAGGGAGUGCUACAGGUAGUGUGGCGAUCGAAACCGCAGGCGAGCAGCAGAACGAUUUCAAAUCUGGCGAUGCGAUGGGACAUGCCGCUCCUCGCAAGACGACUAAAGGCAAAGGAAAAGCGAGAGCGGAGUAAUGUUUAUUGCAUUGACUCCCACAGUGCCCUAAUUUGACAUUCUCGGUCAGAGUGUCGCUGAAUGCGAAUAUUUGUGCUCUCAGCUA